UUCCAUCGGAGCAGAGCGACGAACCUCGAGGAACGAGAAAGGGCUUCGAACAAUCUACUGGCUCCGCCCCCGUUUCCCUGUUGUCAGGCAAUGGACGGGCCAGCUUUUACCGAGUUCCUCUUCCCUGGAGGGCAAAGUUCCUGAUCACAGUUCACGCGGUAGAUUCGUCCAGACAAUAUGUUGUGUAGUCGAAACGUUAUCUAAAGUUGAUACUGUUCUCCAUAGGCUUCUUCUAGGAAUGCAUUUAAAGAACGAUUUAAGGAAUGGCCGAAAGCUUCAUCUGACAGAUGACUAAGUUCCACAUAAAAGAACAAGGAAUAAGAGAAUUAAAAAACUAAAAAAAAAUAUAAAAAAAAUGAGUAUGAUCGGAAAAUGCCUGUUGGACGGAAGAAUUCUGUGGAUCGUUGACUGUGUCUCGAGACAAGAUAAAUUUAAAAGUCUUGAGAGAAGGAAGGCAGCGAUGUUGAACAAUGAAGAGGUCGAUAGACCAGAGGAAGAUGACAAGGCCUGUGGAAGAUAACGAAAAAUGAAAGAUCUUUUAACAGAUAGCAAGGUGAAGGAGCUUCAGGCCAUGCUUUUUCCGGUUCAUCCAAUCCCUGGCAGUACGCUGGCGAACUUGAACAAACUACAAGAGUUGCACUUGCUGCAACUAGGACGAUGCGAUGCACCACGAAGGGAAACAGAGUUAUCAUUGUUCUCCAUGCCUUUUGGAACCAGAGAUGUUCAAUCGCAAGAAAUUCUUCGGAGCAUAUUGGAUACUCAUUGCAUGAUAGACGGAAUCACCCAGGAGACUGCUAGAUGGCCCACAGAGUGCCAAGUACUUCCGGAAAGAGUUAGGCAUAUAGAAUACUCUCCAGCCGUUCCAGAACCGUUCUACUUGCCAAGCGGGAAGGAACCAAGGCCAAAACCAUUGGGCGAUGAAUUUGGAACUGUGAUAUUUCGAUAUCAUCCAACCAAUGUCACCAGUUACUUUAGUAGAUCUUGUGUGGGUGGAAGCACGGUCGCACCGUUUCCAACGGAAUUUUCAGCCGAUUCAAAUGGAAACGAAUCGAAGAACAUCGAGACUAAUAGCAAUAUGUUCUUAUUGACCAAAGUGUCUGACCUAAUGGAAACUGACACCGAUUUACAUUUUGAAUCUCGUUUCGAAUCUGGCAACCUUUGCAAAGUUGUGAAGAUCACUGACACGUAUUAUCAAUUGUAUCUUAGAAAAGAUCUUUAUACUCAAAGACAUACCCAAUGGUACUACUUCAGGAUAUCAAAUACGAGGAGCAGAACCAAUUACAGAUUGUCCAUUGUGAACCUUUGCAAAGAGGAAAGUCUAUACAAUGAAGGUCUUCGGCCACUCUUGUACUCAACUAAAGACGCAAAGAAGCGUGCCGUUGGUUGGAGAAGAUGCGGAGAGAAUAUCGCUUAUUACAAGAAUGAUUCAUCGUACGCUAUCAUAAUUUCAAUAUCCUCAAAUGUUCUCGUAAUUUUUAUUAGAUGUAUCUUUCUCUCCAGAAGCAACGAAGAGAAAGAAAAGCACACACUGACAUUCAACGUCUCCUUUCCUCAUGACAGGGACACUGUUUAUUUGGCACAUUGUUAUCCAUACACCUAUACUGACCUACAGGAAUAUCUUGCCAAAUUAGUGGCAGAUCCUAUAAAAUCUAGAUAUACGAAAUUACGACUAUUGUGUCGUACACUUGCCGGAAAUGGAGUCUAUUACUUGACUAUUACUGCGCCUACUUACGACGAUGUGGUACGAAGAAAAAGAGGCAUAGUUAUCACGGCACGAGUUCACCCUGGAGAAACUCCAUCUAGUUGGACGAUGAAAGGAAUUAUUGAUUUUUUAACCGGAGAAUCGAAUCAAGCCAGAGUACUACGAGAAAGAUUCGUAUUCAAGCUGAUUCCUAUGCUAAAUCCGGAUGGCGUUAUUGUUGGCAACAAUCGUUGCUCGUUAUCGGGGAAAGAUUUGAAUAGACAAUAUAGAACUGUAAUGAGAGAAAGUUACCCUUCAGUCUGGCAUACAAAGUUAAUGAUUCGACGAUUACUGGAAGAAUGCGGAGUGGCCAUUUAUUGUGAUUUACACGCUCACUCCAGAAAACAUAAUAUAUUUGUUUAUGGCUGCGAGAGUAAAAGAACCGCUUCACAGGCGAAACUCUCCGAACAAGUGUUUCCUCUGAUGUUACACAAGAACGCAGCUGACAAAUUCUCUUUUGAAAACUGCAAAUUUCACGUGGAGAAAGGUAAAGAAGGUACGGGAAGGGUCGUAGUAUGGUCUAUGGGAGUGCAGAAUAGUUACACCAUGGAAGCGUCAAUGGGAGGGACGAAAAUAGGCUCUAGAUCAGGCACGCAUUUUUCUACUCAAGAUUACGAGCAAAUUGGAAAAGUAUUCUGUGAAACUCUGUUGGAUUUCUUUGAUCCAGAUCCUAUCAAGGAGAAGCUACGGAACAAAAUAAUUACUAGGUUAAUGAAGGGUGGCUCCAAUGCCGAAGAACCGACGAAUAUCGAUUUAACCGACUACUCCAGCGACGAAGGCGACACGUCUGAUAGUUCAAUCUCAGAGGAACAGGUAAUACAAUUUCCAGAAGGUACAUGGACCUAUACUUUGAAGGAACCACUUGUUUCUCCGCAAUAUUUGUGCGCACCACCACCUACGCCAACAUUUAUUCCUCCUCGAAGUUUAGAACUAGCAAAAAGAAAAAGCAAAAAGGGAAUCACCGUUAACAGAAGCUGCAUUCGACGCAAACGAAUGCUGACUAGAAGAGCAGUAAUGGAUUUACCAACUCUGGACCCGGGCAGCGAUUUGUGUGACUAUAUUGAUUCAGCAGAUGAAGGACUGACGAGGCCAGAACGUUUCUCAGCAAGAAUUCGUGAAAAUUACAAAGAAGAAACUAAUCAAUUCGUGGAUAAAGAAACAAAGGAUAUCCCCAGUGAUGGAUUAAUCUUGCCGGAAAUAGCGAGACCUCGUAGUAUGUCUUUAGCUGAGAAUAUCAAUGUCGAUAAGGAAGAACCGAAGGCGAACAGACGAUCCCAUUGUCUUCGCUUGGUUAGGACAUUAAGACAUCAUUCGCCUGUUCCGUUAAGAAGUCAAGAUAUACAAAUUAAGCUCAGUUCACUGCGGCAACAAAUAUGGAUGGGAGUUCCACUGAACGUCGCAGAAAAUAUCGAUAAAAGAGUCAACCAUCCUAUUCCAAGGGGACCAUUAAGCUGGGGAAUAUCCAAUAUGGCGUUAACCAAAAAUAAAAUGAAUAAUAAAGUAUUACUGAGAGGCACCAAAAAAUUGCAAUUUGUCGAAUAUAUUGAUACGGAAGACAAUAUGAAAGAAAUACAAAAUAAAUAUAAACGUGAAGAUACGAUGCGUUCAAAAGACAGUAGUUUGAGAGUGGAAUCACAGCGGCAAAAUGCUGAGCAGAAGCCAAAAAAAAAGAAGUCUCCUCUGAAGUGGCAGAAGAUAGUUAAUCUAGAUUCUAGAGUAGAAGAAAUGUGCCACCGCAAAACAUCCUUUUUAACAAUUAAAGCAGACUCUUUAAAACUGGUCACGCUUGAAGUACCUUCAAAGAUUCAAACGCGACAGCACAAAAUCGAAUCUCGAAGGAAGCACCGGAAAAGUUGCGCCACCUGCACUGUUUCUAACAGUGGAAAAAUAUCGAGCGUUACGAAAUCUCAAUUGCAUUUGCAAUCGCAUUCACGAUCCCACAUACAAUUGCAACCCCUAAUCGUUCCUUUGUGCGACAGUUUUUCGUCGGAAAAUGACUCCAUCGAUUCUCGUACUCAAAGAGCCUCAAAGAAGAAAUAUAAGAAGAAGAAACAACUGAAAAAAAUGAAGUCGACUCCUGCAACGGGAAAGAAAAAGCGUGUCACUAGCGCGAACGUAUUACGCAAUCCCUGAAAGAUUUCGUACAUAAACAAGAAUAUUCCGUUGAAUAGCAUUUUUUCAGUCCCUCCAAUGCAGGCUCUUUUUCAUGUUUUUAAAUAUACUCCUGUUAAAGAUUCAUCACACUCAUUAAUGAAAAUAAUUUUGUGCGAGUGAUUUUUAUAUUAUACUUUUUAACGUGAUUGUACGAUAAUUCGUCGUUCAAUUAAGGCUUACGACAUUGUUACGUAACAAAUUUUGCCAAGAUUAAAGUGUGAGAUAAUCAACCAA